GUUGGAGGCCGCCGAGGACCAAGUGCGGGAAGAAGGAGGCAGCGCGGCGGCCGGCGAGGAGGCGGCGGCGAGCCCCGGGCCGGGCCCCGCGCUCCGCUCGCAUCCCGAAAAGUGGAGCUGCAACUUGGCCACUACUGCACCUGUUUGCACCGCUCUGCCGAGGGAGACCCGGCUGCGGCGACGGCGGCGGCGACCCCGGCCCUUGGCCUUUUUGGCAAGUGGUUUGUACUUGACAGAAACUUUCCACCUGUGAGCCGGACCGGCGCUGAGUGCGUGUGUGUUUGCCUCUUUUUUGUUGUUGUCGCCUCUACCUCCCCCCAUUCUUCUCUCUGCUAGGACCUCUGCUCCCCACCCACCCACGUCUCGCUCCGUUUGAGCCCCUCUCCAUCCCCCCCGCCCCCGGCUGUCUAUGCUCCAGGCCCUCUCCGCGAGGUGCCGGUGAACCCUCGAGCCGCCCCGAUGUACAGCAUGAUGAUGGAGACCGACCUGCACUCGCCUGGCGGCACCCAGGCCCCUACGAACCUGUCAGGCCCGGCUGGGGCGGGCGGGGGCGGCGGGGGCGGCGGCGGGGGCACCAAGGCCAACCAGGACCGGGUCAAGCGGCCCAUGAACGCCUUCAUGGUGUGGUCCCGCGGACAGCGGCGCAAGAUGGCCCAGGAGAACCCCAAGAUGCACAACUCGGAGAUCAGCAAGCGCCUGGGCGCCGAGUGGAAGGUCAUGUCCGAGGCGGAGAAGCGGCCGUUCAUCGACGAGGCCAAGCGGCUGCGCGCGCUGCACAUGAAGGAGCACCCGGAUUACAAGUACCGGCCGCGCCGCAAGACCAAGACGCUGCUCAAGAAGGACAAGUACUCGCUGGCCGGCGGGCUGCUGGCGGCCGGCGCGGGCGGCGGCGGCGCGGCCGUGGCCAUGGGCGUGGGUGUGGGCGCGGCGGCCGUGGGCCAGCGCCUGGAGAGCCCGGGCGGCGCGGCGGGCGGCGGCUACGCGCACGUCAACGGCUGGGCCAACGGCGCCUACCCCGGCUCGGUGGCGGCGGCGGCGGCGGCUGCGGCCAUGAUGCAGGAGGCGCAGCUGGCCUACGGGCAGCACCCGGGCGCGGGCAGCGCACACCCGCACGCGCACCCGGCGCACCCGCACCCGCACCACCCGCACGCGCACCCGCACAACCCGCAGCCCAUGCACCGUUACGACAUGGGCGCGCUACAGUACAGCCCCAUCUCCAACUCGCAGGGCUAUAUGAGCGCCUCGCCCUCGGGCUACGGCGGCAUCCCCUACGGCGCCGCGGCCGCCGCCGCCGCCGCCGCGGGCGGCGCGCACCAGAACUCGGCCGUAGCGGCGGCGGCAGCGGCGGCGGCCGCGUCGUCGGGCGCCCUGGGCGCGCUCGGCUCCCUCGUCAAGUCGGAGCCGAGCGGCAGCCCGCCGGCCCCCGCACACUCACGGGCGCCGUGCCCCGGGGACCUGCGCGAGAUGAUCAGCAUGUACUUGCCGGCCGGCGAGGGCGGCGACCCGGCGGCGGCGGCGGCCGCCGCGGCGCAGAGUCGGCUGCACUCGCUGCCGCAGCACUACCAGGGCGCGGGCGCGGGCGUCAACGGCACGGUGCCCCUGACGCACAUCUAGGGCCGCGGGAGGCGCGGCGGCCACGUUCUCGUCCAGAGGAAAACACUGGCGCACUACCGCAGGUGCCACACGGCCCCCUUCCCGGGAGCCCCUGGGGACCGCUCGCGGGACACUUGUGCGUUGUAAACUGAACUUCGGUGUUUUCUUAAGACCUUUUGUACAGUAUUUAUCAUCCACGGCGGAGGCAGAAAGCGUUUUCUUUGCUCGAGGGGACGCAGACCAGACCAAACGAGGGGCGACUCCAACUUUUCUAUCCCGGCCGCGCGCCCGCUCUCAUCCUCCAUCGCUUCCUCGCGGCGGCGGGCGCCGGGGAUGCCCGGGAGCUGUUCUCAUUUGUUAUCGAUGUACUAAGGCAGAGCCAAACACCAGUUUUUUUGUAGUUGUUACCGCUUUUGGGGGUUGGUUUGUUAAUUUAUACAAAGCGAUUCCCCCACCCCUUUCAGGCGGCAGCAUUAUUCUGGGUUUUGUAAAACUUUCUGUAUCUGAGCAUUUCCUUUUUUUUGUUUUGUAUUAUUUCAUGUAAAUGCAAUGUGAGAUUUUAAUUUUAGGCGUUAAGGUGUGGGGAGGGGGAUUCAGAUUAUGUACAUAGUUCCCUUAAAAGUCCUUCUGAAAACGAAAAAAGAACCCCCACCCUAAAAGUGCAUUGAGCUUCGGUUCGAGUCAAUAAAUUUAAGAGAAAAGUCCGGUUUUUCCCCAUAAAUCUGAAACGUGCUAAAUGUACGUUCUUGUUCUAUCAGCUCAGAAUACAAUUUGUAAAUCUUAACAUAAUUAGUACAUCUGACGAAGGAGAAAGAAAAUCCAUCAGCAUGAGCUAAAACUGACGGAACCCCAGGGGAGAGGGUCGGAUUUUCACAUUCAGUGGCAGGAAAGGAAGUUAAAAUCGAUAGGUUAUUCUGUAGAGUUUACAGUGUUAAUAUGGAAGGAGAAAUAAUUACCCCCCAAAAACCAUAGUUUUGCAGUCUGGCCCUUGGGUGUGUAGUUUUUAACUGCGGGCCCAUGUCAGCAGGCUUUGCGAUUCCUUGUUGGCGGCUCUGCCUCUUCCAGCUGGCCUGGGACCUGCCAGCAGUUUGGUCUAGAGGAGGAAGGAGAAGGGAAGACCCCAGUGGUGGGAGGACCAGGACAAGGACCGAUGACAAAGACCACGGCAGGGCCUCGCGGGCCUCGGUUCCCCUGCAGUUAACAAGAUUGCAUGUGGAAUUUAUCUGAAUUUGGCUCAUUGAAAUGCACUCUCUAAGACAAAAUGUACUGCAACCCCCUCUCCCUGGUAUAUUUCUCCUUGGAAAAGGGCAAAGAAUUUUGUUAGAUUUUCACGCACACAAAAUCGACCACCCCCACAUCCCCCGCGUAAACUGGGAUGCAAGUUGCUAAGCAAUGUGAACGCAAAAUGCGAUGUUUAUUAUUCCUGCGAUCUGAGGUUGUUUGAUGCUUUAAAUUUUUUAAUUAUAUUUUUUCUAGGUGUUUAUUGGUACAUUGCAGGUUUUUUUCUGGAUUUUAAAGUUUUCUGUAAAACUUUGUCUUCAAGUAAUCUGACAGUAUUAAAUAUUGCAUUUAAAAGUUAUACUGUAGCAAAUACGUUUUGAAAUUAGUCACAACAUAAACAUGAAAUGAUAUUUUUGCAAAGAACAAACCUUUAGGCCAGAUCCAAAUAUGUUGAUUUCAUCAGCCCCUCAUUUUCUCAACAUCUUUUUUUUUUUUU